UUACAGGUAGACCACAUAUGUCUGACUCGUGUCUGCUCAGAGACAGCAAGUGGACUUCCAGGCUUGCUAUUAACUUUGGCUGGCAUGAACAAUGGUAGUCCUGAGAGUACUGGGCAUGUCGACAUAUGGGGUCCUCCAAAUCUAGAUUUAUUGGUUAAUGCAAUGAAGAAUUUUGUCCCUCAUGCUACCAUGGUCAACAAACAUAUCAUCCCAGACGACAUUAAGGUUCAUGAAAAUGGAUCUGCAUUAGCUCCCUCUUUACAUAUGCUGGAGCUGAAAGAUAAACACAAGUUCAAGGCAGUUAGUAUAUCAGCUAUUCUCCUAUCACCGACUCAGUUGGCUAGAUCUCAGUUUAGGCCAAAUGAUGCCUCCAUUGUAUAUAUUUGUAAACUACAUGACAUCAGGGGGAAUUUUGAUCCCGUAAAGGUUAAAGCUUGCGGACUUAAACAAGGGAGAAAACUUGCAGAAUUGGAGAAGGGGUUCAGUGUGAAGUCAGAUCUUCUGGAUAUCGAGGUCCAUCCAGAUGAUGUUAUAGGUCCACCUAUUGAGAUGGGGAAUUUACACGUUGGUUUGAAUAAAAUAGAAUAUGAAUCUGCAAUUUUGCCUACUGUUCUGUUUGGGCAAAGAAUUAUGGUUCAGCGUGAUUUUCAAGGUCACCUUUGUUUGAGGCAUCAGUUUCCUUCAAGACUCUUUGAUUGUUAG